AGAAGGAAGCGUCAAAUUGAUUUGGACGAUUUACCUUCUAAAAACAGCUAGCUAUUGUAGCUAUAUCCUGGAUGCAUGGCAAAAACAUAAACGUCAGCUGCUUUUACAACAGAUUUGCUGGUAAUCCUGCGCACGUCGUGCAAAUCGACUUCCCUGAGAGAAAAUGUCGUCUGGUCGGGAAGGAUCCUGGACCUUCAGUGUGGCCGCAGUAGUGACCGUGUUUCUGCUGGAUGCUGUUGUUUUUGCAGAGGCGAAGAGCUUUGAGGACGUUCGCUGCAAGUGCAUCUGCCCUCCAUACAGAAACAUCACUGGCCACAUAUAUAACCGAAAUGUCUCCCAGAAGGAUUGUAACUGCCUUCAUGUAGUGGAGCCCAUGCCGGUGCCUGGCCAUGAUGUUGAGGCUUACUGCCUGUUGUGUGAGUGCAAGUAUGAGGAACGAAGCAGCAACACCAUCAAGGUAACCAUCAUUAUUUACCUGUCUGUCGUGGGCGCUCUGCUGCUCUACAUGCUGUUCCUGCUACUGGUCGAUCCUCUCAUCCGCAAACAUGACCCCUACACCCAGCCGCUGCACAAUGAGGAGGACUCUGAGGAGAUGCGUCCACAGGUGGACAGCAGCCAGGCGAGAGGAAACACGGUGCUGGAGCGCGUCGAGGGAGCGCAGCAGCGCUGGAAAAAACAGGUCCAGGAGCAACGCAAGACUGUUUUUGACCGCCACAAGAUGCUUAGUUAAACCCUACGUCUAACCUCAAAACCAGGUUUAGAGUAGGUGACUUCAGCAGGCACAGCGCUACUCCACUGGCCCCAGCUGCACUAUUACUAACCUUAGCAUUUGAUGUGCACUCCGCCCUCUGAAUUAGUAUUUCCUUACUAAGAAACACACUCAUCUAACAAGCAGAUCUUUUUUAUUUAUAAUACAUAAUACUUCAGGCUAAGUUGCAUUGUGAAAAAACUCCAUGUUUGUGCACUCUUAAUGACUACUAGAUUCGUAAUGUCUUGAUAAAGUAGGAAUCUUUUUUUUUUUUUUUUUUAGCCAGACUGUGAAUAGCCUUGAAGCUCUUACGCGAUACCUUUUGUUGUUCGCUACUUGCUAAUUUGGCAUGAUAUUAAAUGUUUUUCUUGGAUCAUAAUUUCUGAUGUUACCUCAGGACAGGUAAGCUUCAUGUUUGUAAAUUAUUAGUUUAGCUAAUGGGGGUAGACAGAGUACCCCGUCUCUGCUGUUGCCAAGCAUUGCACAUUUCAUAUUUUAGCACUAAUGAUCAUUUAUUCAUGUAUAACCCUGGGCAUAUUUAGUGUCAUUUGCACUAAUAAUGUAAAUAAAGGAUUGUACAUUUUGGGCUUGGUAAUUUUAAAGCCUUGACAUUGCUACCCCAAUAUGUGCCUUUUUCUGUUUCUCUCGUUGUGUGAGUGAACGUGUUACACCAAACUCCAGUGCAAAAGUUGGCUCUUAAAUGAUGGCACUUCACAUCUUGCAAAACAUAACAGAUGAAUACAUUUUGGCAGGUAUAUCGUCCACUAAGUAAAAGUUAUGGUUUUUUGUUUUUGUGCUUUUUAAUAAUUUAUCUUGAAUUUAACAGUGAACCGAAAAAUGGUUGAUCAGUGACAAAAGGCCACAUUUACGUCCUCAUAUUUUGCAGUAGGGUUUGAUGAAACAUACUUUCCCAUGCACAGAGAGAAAUAGAGAACGGGGCAUUUAACAGCUUUAAAGCCAUCCUCACAUGAAUCAAAUCUCUGCCGCUGGAGAAUAUCCUAAAUCAGUAAAGCUGCUGAUAAUGCGGUUAUGUGUGGCAGAAUCAGGAUGCCUCAUGGCUUUGAAAGGCCCUGGUGUGCAUCAUUAUGUGUCAGUGAAUUCCCCUUCACAGUCUGAAGCCUGCUGUUAGGGGAAUUUUUAAUAUGACAAAGAAAAGGUACGCUGACUCACACGACCUCAUGCACAAUGUGAACUGCUGAAGAUUAUUUGUCUGUAAUGCUUUAUUUUAUCACUGAAGUGUUUUUGAUUGACUGAUUUUAAGUAUAAUUUCAUAUCACUGGUAUCAGUGUUUUGUAUUUAUAUUCCUCUCCAGCCAAACUGGAGUAUUCCACUGCUUGUGUCUAUACAUUCGGCUUGAUGUGAAAUAAAAAAAGAAUACUCUG